UAGCUCCUCAGUGAGCAAGCCAGAGCUGGCUUCUGCCUCCUCCAGCUCUUGCCUGCCCCAGCCAGCGCCAUGCAGGUGCAGGACCCUUCCCGGAGGCCUUCGGCUGUGCACUUCCUCAGCGCCUUUCUGCAGGGCCGCCGCCACUCCACUUCUGACCCGGUCCUGAGGCUGCAGCAAGCCCGCCGUGGCUCUGGCUCUGCCACCAAGCUGCUGUCCUCAUCUUCUCUCCAGGUGAUGGUGGCUGUGUCUUCUGUAAGCCGUCCGGAGGGGAAUCCAACUUUUCCCGAGAGAAAAAAAACUUCGGAACGCCCAACGCCAAAGUACACAAAGGUGGGAGAACGUUUACGGCAUGUUAUCCCUGGGCACAUGGCAUGUUCCAUGGCGUGUGGUGGGAGAGCCUGUAAGUAUGAGAACCCAGCCCGCUGGAGUGAUCAGGAGCAAGCCAUCAAGGGCGUUUACUCAUCCUGGGUCACUGACAGUAUCCUGGCCAUGGCUCGUCCAUCCUCUGAGCUGCUGGAGAAGUAUCAGAUCAUCGAGCAGUUCCUUGGUCAUGGCAUAAAAACAAUCAUCAACCUGCAGCGCCCUGGUGAGCAUGCCAGCUGUGGGAACUCUCUGGAACAAGAAAGUGGUUUCACGUAUCUUCCUGAAGCAUUCAUGGAGGCUGGCAUUUAUUUCUACAACUUCGGAUGGAAGGAUUAUGGUGUGGCAUCCCUCACUGCCAUCUUAGACAUGGUAAAGGUGAUGACAUUUGCCUUACAGGAGGGGAAGGUGGCUGUCCACUGCCAUGCAGGCCUUGGGCGGACAGGUGUUCUAAUAGCAUGUUAUUUAGUUUUUGCAACAAGAAUGACUGCUGACCAAGCAAUUAUAUUUGUGCGGGCGAAACGCCCCAAUUCCAUACAAACCAGAGGGCAGCUGCUCUGUGUACGGGAAUUCACUCAGUUCCUGGCUCCACUCCGUAAUAUUUUUUCUUGCUGCGAUCCCAAAGCACAUGCUGUUACCUUAGCCCAGUACCUGAUUCGCCAGCGGCAUCUGCUUCAUGGUUAUGAGGCACGACUUCUGAAAUAUGUGCCAAAGAUCAUCCACCUCGUUUGCAAGCUGCUGCUUGACUUGGCUGAGAACAGGCCAGUAGUAACGAAGAGCACGUUGGAAGGACCUGAACUCUCUGCUGAGAUCGAAAAGACUGUGUCUGAGAUGGUUACGAUGCAGCUGGACCAAGAGUUACUGAGGCAGAACAGUGACGCACCCGACCCGUUUAACCCCACUGCAGUGGUGGCCGAGUUUGAGAAUCAGGAUGGGAUCCUUUCUAAUGAGCGUGACUUUGACCCCCUCUGGAAGAGGAGGAAUGCUGACAAUCUUCAGCCCCUGACACAUCUGAAAAGGCAGCUCAGCUACAGUGACUCAGACUUAAAGAGGGCCAAAGCUAUCCUGGAGCAAGGGGAGACACCUUGGACAGUGCCUGCCCAGGACUUGCUGGACCACAGCCUCCAGCAUCAGAAGCACACCAGCCAUUGUUAUAUGCCACCAACUCCAGAGCUAGGCCUAAAUAAGGAAGCCUUGGUUCACAGCACAUUUUCCUUCUGGACGCAACCAAAAUAUGGGGGCUUAGAAGGACUCAAGGAUGAUGGAUCACCACUUUUCUGUAGGAAGGACAUCCCAAAGGAAGUACAGCGGAGCAGAACCUUCUCUGUGGGCACUUCUUGUUCACACAAUUCUGGGGAACCAAUGCCCCCCAACUUUGCAAGUAUCCAUAUGGAUCCAGAGCAAGUCACCCACUGCCAGUGUCACGCUCCUGGUGGUUGGGUUCCAGGCUCUGUUCAGGAGGAAGGGAGGACUCCCUGCAGCCCUCUAGACUGUGGCUCCAAUCCUAAGGCACAGCUCCCACAAGGACAGGAAACCCAAGACAGCACACACCUGUCGGAAGCCAUGCCAUAUGCUGGUUUGCAGUCUGAACUGAGUGCCGAAGCUAGGCGAAUACUGGCAGCCAAAGCCCUUGCAAAUUUAAAUGAGUUUGUGGAAAAGGAGGAAGUGAAAAGGAAAGUGGAAAUGUGGCAGAAAGAAUUAAAUUCCCGAGAGGGAGCCUGGGAAAGAAUCUGUGGUGAGAGAGACCCUUUCAUCUUGUGCAGUUUGAUGUGGUCUUGGGUGGAGCAGCUGAAAGAGCCUGUAAUCACCAAAGAGGAUGUGGACAUGUUGGUGGACAGGCAAGCAGAUGCUGGUGAAGCCCUAUUUUUACUAGAGAAGGGGCAGUACCAGACCAUCCUCUGUGUGCUGCAUUGCAUAGUGAGCCUGCAAACACUUCCUGUGGAGGUGGAGGAAGCUUGCCUUUCCCAUGCCAUUAAAGCUUUCACCAAGGUUAAUUUUGAUUCUGAAAAUGGACCAAUAGUUUACAACACCCUGAAGAAAAUAUUUAAGCACACAUUGGAAGAAAAGAGAAAAAUGGCAAAGGACAGCCCUAGGCCUGGCCUCUCCUGAAGCUUUCCUCUCUGGACAAGGAUCUGUCCUGAGGGUCCAUCCCACCUAAGGGUGACACUUCUGUUCCCAUGUGGCCGUGGCAUGCUGGCACUGCCCUUCCUUGCCACACUCCAUUGUCAAUGCUGUGUCUCUUGUGCUGAGAAUAAUGGUUCCUUUCUUGAGUAGUUAUUUAUUUUAAAAUAUCCUUGAGCUGUGUCUUGACAACUUGCCAUGAAGUUGGUGCCACUUUAUUUAUUUAUUGAAUUAAUAUAGUUGUGUUGAUAUUUUAUGUUUGAUAUAUUUGUGCCCUUACUCUUUUUGACGUUUUGGAGGAAAAAAACACAACUCUUCCUUCCAAAACAGUUAUUUUCUUAACAGAACUCUUCCUGGAGUUUCUACUAAAUAGACAACUUUAAUAGCAAAAUCUUACUGUGUAUCCACCCACAAGACAUAUAUGUAUCCCCCUCCUUCAGAAAUAUGACCUAAGAAAGUCACCAAGUGUCUUAAACUGUUUUAUAUUUGUUACUAAGAAGGCUAUUAAUACAUUUUAAAGGAUUUUUAAAACCUUUGAAGCUUUUUGGUUUUCUUUUCUUUUUUUACAGAUGUGGCAAAGGCUUUCAAAGUAUAUUAUUUUUCAAUGAUCCAAUGAUUCAGUUUACUUUAAUAGACUGACUGGAGAGGUUGGGGUUUUGUACUUGUAGAAAGUAGCCUUGCUCUUUGUCAGGCUUCCAGACAACCUCUCUCUUGGCUGUCCGAGGAAGGAGAGCCCUCAACCCAGAGGCCUUAUUCCACUUCCCCGAGCUGUUUCUGAGCCAGUUCACUUCUUUACGGAGAAAUGGGAUCAGAAGUGGCCAGUGUGGGCAGUUAGUUGCUAAGCAGCAGAACUGGCCUUUGUCCUCAUGGGGAUUGUGCAGAAGGGACCCCAGUGCUGAGAGAAGGCUCCUCGCUAGCCCUGCUCUCUGGGGGCACUGUGGCCAUUCUACAUAGGCAGCUCAGAGCUGGAGCAAGUCAAGCCAGCCACUGUCUGCCCCAGGAGCCCGGCACUGCUGUCCGUGCCCCACCCUCCACAAACCCACUUGCCUCGGCCUGAAACUAGCUGCUGUUUUCCUUUGAGGACUGUAAUUUUUAAAUUGAAUUUGACCCCAGGUUGCAUUCACCUUAACUAGCUUCAAAUGAGAACAGUUGACUGCUCAAACUUGUUCCUUUAGAUUAAACUAUUAAUCCGCAAUUGAAGCCUUACUUUAUUUACAUUAAAUUAAUAUAUAGAAGCAGCAGAACCCAUGCCAUAAAGAGGAGUGUCUUGAUAGAGGUGACAACCAGACCAAUUCAAACUAAAGUAACUCUUAGCUUCUUGGAAUUUUGGAAAGAAGCAAGACUGAAUUAGAACAACAGAAAUUUCUCUAAUUCAUGCAUUUCUGAAUUAUAUCAAAAACUAUUUUAAUCAUUGGUCUCACCAACUCUGAUGGCAAAGGCUAAGUACAGUUUUCUUCACCCGGAAUGUUCUUCUUAGGAAAUGAAAUAUAAUAGUUGUUAAUGAACUGGCUUACCCAGUGUGGAAAUGUCUUUUUAAGUGCCUAGCCUAGCAGCAGGAAAUGGUUGCAUUCUAUCUCCUGUGGUACGUUCUGAAAUCUGACGUUCAAAGAGAAUGUUUGUCUUCAUCUCUGUCAGCCUCGAAUGGGCGGUGAUGCCAUGGAACUUCGCCACCCUCAUGCUCAAAGCCAGCUGCACCCGUGCAGCUGGAGCACUGGGUUAAGUUCUAGAACAGUCAUGCGACCACGCCUCUGCAUGUCAGAAAAUCCAAAUACACCAGCCUGAGAAGACACAGUCAGGCUCUGUACAGGUAUUGUGUUUAUUUGAAUAAAGGUCAAAAGAACAACCACUGA